CUUAGCAAAGGUCAGCCCCAAGUACUCCAGGCCACAAGAUUACCCCUGCCUAUUUGGCAAGCAUGGCAAAUUGAACGCCUAUAGAAGAAGCAGGAACUGCCGCACAACUCCGGAAUCAGUGACCUCCAUCUCACACGGCAGUUCCUGUCUCAUUUGACCUUGCGGUUAUAAUACCAGCAAUUACCCGCCAAGAUGAAGACGACUGUACCUUUGACGAUCUUGGUUGCCGGCGCAACAGCUCAAAGCACGUUCGAACCAGCGGACUUCAACAUCACGAAAGCACUCCUGGAUAAUGGCAUCAAUGUCUCAGAACUCCCCGACUUGGCACCACUUGUGGACAGGUCAUUUACCGGUGGCUGCUCUGCUGCUUGCAACUCUCUCCGUCUCAUCUUUGGCGACAGCAAGGUCGAACUUCAGGAAGAGACAGCGUACACAGCGUUCGUCAGCUCUUACUGGUCCGCCCAACAACGCGAGAUCACCCCUCAGUGUGUCUUCAAACCCGCUGAGCCACGUGAUGUAUCCUCCGCUGUUCUAAUCUCGCGAUUGACACAAUGUCCUUUUGCUGUCAAGAGUGGUGGUCACUCCGCUGUGCCUGGAGGUUCUAACAUCGACGGCGGGAUUACCAUCAGCUUUGAGAACCUCAACAAAAUAUCUUUGGCGGCUGACAAAAAGACUGCUUCUUUCCGACCCGGCAAUACUUGGUUUGACAUUUACACUGCGUUGGAGAAAGAUCAGGUCGCUGUCAUUGGAGGCCGCGUCGCCAGCGUCGGUGUCGGAGGUCUGACCCUUGGUGGGGGUAUCUCGUAUUUCUCCAGCACAUAUGGUCUUGCAUGCGACAAUGUCUUAAGUUACGAAGUUGUCACAGCAUCUGGCCUCAUUAUCAACGUCAGCCAGACAUCAUUCCCUGAUCUCUACUGGGCUUUGCGUGGCGGUGGCAACAACUUUGGUAUCGUCACUCAAUUCAACGUCCAAGCCAUUUCACAGGGGCAGAUGUGGGGAGGCUCACGAGUCUACCUCGAGCCAUCUUUCCCAGCUCUGAUCGAGGCCUAUUACAAUCUCGGCAUGAGCGCAACCAAGGAUGGCAAAGCACACCAAAUUCUAUCGUUUGCUUGGCAGGGCAUUGCUAUUGCUUCGCUCGAGCUUGAAUACUCUGACCCCACACCCAACGCCACCGUCCUGGCCGAAUACAACUCGAUCCCCGGCGCCAUUCAAGACGGAACCCGAGUCCAAAGCCUUGCCGAGCUCACUAAAGCUCUUGAGGGUCCCGCUAGUGGUGCAGGCCUCCGACAAGCAUUCUGGACGUUCACCUUCAAGCUGGACAAAGACCUAGCUACCACUACCUCAGCCAUAUUCCUUGAGGAGGUCGUCGCCAUCACCGAUGCCGCCGAUGUCAUCCCUUCACUCUCUCUGCAAGUCCUCACUGAGCCCAUCCUCGAGAAGACGAAGACACGUGGUGGCAACGCGCUUGGCCUCGAUGCCGCCGAUGGGCCCCUCAUGAACGUCCUGGUCGCACUGAAGUGGUCCAAUCCCGCUGACGACGCGCGUCUCAACGCCUUUGCCGCAAAGGUCAAGGACCGCGCUGUCGCUGCUGCGAAGGCCAAGGGCAAAGAUGUCCCAUAUUUGUACAUGAACUACGCCAGCCCAUGGCAAGAUCCUGUCGCUAGCUACGGUGCGGCGAAUAAGGCGCGGUUGCAGAAGAUCAGCAAGAAGUACGAUCCUACGGGCGUUUUCGAGAAGCUGCAGCCAGGGUAUUUCAAGUUGAACGGUGCGCCAAAGAGUGGGUCGCCGUAGGUCGGUCAUAUAGUAGGUGUUGUGGAUUACGUAGAGAUGCUUGAUGAAUCGUUAAUCAUAAUGAUGUCCUUUCUCUUCCAGCUCCUUUAAACUGACUUCGUAUUGCUGCGAAGCGUGGUCUGAACUCCAAAUUACAACGUAGGGACCUCUCUAGAGCUAAUCUAGCGACCAACAUGCUCGG